AUGGCCGCCGAAGCAGGAGACGCCGAUCUUCGGCACCUCCCUCCCGGGCUCGACCGCAUCAGCGCCCUCCCGGACGAGCUGAUCCAGGCGAUCCUUGCCUGGCUCCCGUCCACCGCGGCCGCCGCGCGCACCAGCGCCGUCUCCCGGCGCUGGCGCCACGUCUGGACCGGCGUCCCGGCGCUCUCCUUUCACGUGGAGCAGAAGCCGCUGCGAGAGUAUUCAUCGACCGCCGACGCCGUCGACGCCGCCCUCGACGCCUACUCCGACUCCGCCACGCUGAGCCGCCUCGCCAUCGACGUGGACAGCCCAUGCCCCAGAUCCCGCAUCGCCCCCUGGCUGCGCUUCGCCUCGCUGCGCCUCGCCGGCGAGCUCCGCCUCACUCUGAAAGGCGGCGCCCCCAAACAGCCGGUCCUGAUGGGCCUCGUGCAUCGUCAGCAUCAGCCGGUGGUCGAGCUGCCGGCCUUCGAGAGGGCGACGUGCAUCGAUCUCGCCGUGAUCAACUUCGCGCUCCGCCUACCCCCUGCCCGAGCUUUCGGCGCCCUGCGCGUCCUGAGGAUCAGCGCCACCGAUCUGGUGCGGGGCGACGUCGGCCACCUCGUAUCCACGCAGUGCCCGCGCCUGCGGGAUCUCGAGCUGUGCGACGUGGCUCUCGAGGCCGCCAACCUCUCCAUCAGCUCCGCCUCGCUCGGGAGACUGGUGCUCCGGCGUGUCAGCAUCAUGAGCAAAGGGCGGAUCGAUGUCGCCGCCCCGAUGAGGUACUGCCAAAUGUUUUGGUGUCCUAUGGCGGACGUACCCACCCCCAUCGACGGUCAGGUUUCACCAGAACAAGAGGGAAUCAUGAAUAUAGAUCUAGAUUUGGGAGUAGCAGAGAUGAUUCGGGACAAAUUUGUGGGAGUUGAUUCAGGUCAGAUUGAAGGAAAUGGACAGGAGGGUGGAGAAGCUGGAGCAGAGGAAGUUGAGCUUGCAUUGGAGGCUGGUAAUGUGAUCACCGAGCGACGGAUAGGUUGGACGAGGAAAUCAGCUAGGGAAGGCCCGUCCGAGCGGAUUGCUGUAAACGAGGAGAGUGCGAUUACAAGGGCACUGAGCCAAGCAGCUAGGAAUCGAGGAUCUCCAAUUUUCCAACAUCUGGAGGGUACAUUAUUCAGUAGUAGCGAAGAGGCCAGAGAUUUCUUUAAUCUUUAUUCAUGGGAGAUUGGGUUUGGAAUUCGUUAUGGUCGUAGCAACAAGAAUAAUAAAGGGUACACAACCAGGCAAGAUAUUGUUUGUUCUUGUGAGGGAUCACCGCGAACCAAGAAUUGUGCGUCUAUCAGGACUGGAUGUAAAGUUAUGAUAAGGCUGCUGAGAACAAGUGAUCAUGGGUGGUACAUUAGUCGAGUUAGCACAAGCCACAACCACAAAUUAUCAGAGGGGUAUGCAGAGAAGAAACAGUGGAAUUCUCACAGCAUGAUUGAUCCGAGCACUAAGUAUUUCAUCAAGAAACUUCGAGACAACAAUGUCAGUAUUGGAAGGGUUUGCAGCAUUAUUGGUGUCACAGAUAGUAGUGCUAUGAAUCCAGUUCGUAAAGAGACCAUCAGAUCACUCUGCGCGAAGGUAGCAAGGGAAAAUAUGGCUGAUGACAUUGGUAAAACUGUCCAACUUUUAUGGGAAAUGAAAAUCAAAGAUCCACUUAUGGAAGUGAGGUUCAAGGUUGAUGAGAAGGGCACAGUUAAAUCUAUGCUUUGGUGUACUGGAAAGAAUAGGAUGGAUUACAAGAACUUCGGUGAUGUUGUCACAUUUGAUACAACCUAUCGUACCAAUUUGUACAGCUUGCCGUUUGGAAUUUUUAUCGGUGUUAAUUGCCAUUUUCAGUCAAUUAUUUUUGGUGGCGUUCUUUUGUCUACUGAGACAGCAGAAGACUUCCAAUGGGCAUUUCAAAAUUUCAUGGAGAUGAUGGAUGGAUCAGUUCCAAUAACUGUGCUGACAGAUCAAUGCGCGGCAAUGGGAAAGGCAAUUCGUACUGUUUUGCCUGGGACACGUCAUCGAUGGUGUCGUUGGCAUGUCUUGAAGAGUGCUAAGAAGAAGUUAGGGAAAGUUAUUGCGAGACACAAGCAAUUCAAAAGUGAUUUCUAUAAUCUCAUCACCAACGAGACAUGUGUUGAUAGUUUUGAAUUGUCGUGGAAGAAGUUGAUCAUAAAGUACCGGCUUGUGAAGAGCAAGUAUAUGCUAAGACUUUACAAGCAUAGGGAAAAAUGGGCCAAACCAUACUUUAUGAGUGUUUUUUGUGCUGGGAUGACGAGCACGCAAAGGAGUGAAAGUGCAAAUCACAUGCUUAAGAGGUAUAUUCAGAAGGCUGCGCCUAUGCACCUGUUUGUAAGCAAGUUCAAUGAGUUCCUUUGUGAUCGGACAGAGCAAGAGGCUCGGGAGCAACAUGUAACAAAAAUGGUUACAAGGAGAAUGAGGGUAGGGGCUCCGAUUGAAGAGCAUGCCGAUUUAGUGUAUACUCGUGCAAUGUAUGAGAAAUUUUAUGAUGAGUUAUUCGAGGCUGGGAAGUUUUGUGUUCAGAGGGAAGAUGGCAAUGACAGGUUCAUUGUUUCCUCUGCGAAGUUGAGCUCAGAUGGUGUACAAAAAAAAUAUGUUGUUACUCUGCACGGAGAGGAUUUCAUGUCUUGCCAGUGUGGUCUGUAUGAGCAUCUAGGUAUGCUGUGCCGGCAUGCUCUAAAGGUUUUGUUACAUUUGGAUAGGCAAGAAAUUCCAAAGUUUAAUAUAAUGAGAAGAUGGACAAAGGAGGCGGUUGUUUACAAAGCUCAUGGAGAACAAACUGAUAUAGCUUCAGAUGCAGACCAAAUGAGGAAGAAGGCUUUGAUGUUGCAGACUCUUCAAAUUGUGCAUGGACCUUCACCGGUGGAUGAGCAGAUGUUCAGGAAUGCUAUGGAAGCGUUGAGGCCCGCUGACCAAACGCAGCGGGAGGAUCCACCAUUUGAUGGACAGUAUCAGUGUAGUUUGCAUGAUGAUGCUGGGCCGGUGCCUUUAUCGUGCCCUCCAAGGACAAUGAAGGGUGGUCGACCUCCUAGCACUGGGCUUAAUGCUUGGAUAUCGAGGAAAGACAAGAGAAGGACUCUUGACUCUUCACCGAGGGAUCCAAUUUCCGAAGAUUGGCCAGAGGAAGAGAUGCCUCCUAGCAAGAAGACCCGGUGCUUAAAAGAUAUCUGAAUGUUUCUUGACCAAUCACAGUAUCAUUGAUGCCAACAAAUGUUUACAUUGGAAGUAUGUCUGGUGGCAGUACAUUGGUGUCUAAAAUAAAUAGUUUGCGCAUUUUAUUCGAUGAUGCUCAUCAUAAACCUAGUUUAUGAACAAAAUGUAGCACGGAUUAAUAUUAUGCCGUCCGAUGUCUAAUACUGCUGUAAUAUAUUCUUAAGUUGCAUUGUUCAAUUGUCGUUGGUGUAAUCAACAAUCCCCUGAUUGACAUGA